AUGAGUAACCGGAGUAUUAUCUUCAUAUGCGGCAAGCAGGUUUCCAACAUCGUGUUUAAGAGCGAGAACGAGAUGAUGGGCGUUCUUAGGGAUGUUGCUCGUAUCAAAACGCGCAACAAGAUUCUACUCACUAGCACGUUAUACCAUAACAACAUAAAGGAGACAAGAUUGGAUUUGGAAGAAGCUUUACUUAGUCAAGAUUCGGAUCAUGGAGACAAGAUUGGUUACUUAACCGAACUAAGGAUGUUGACAAACAAGAUCAUCUACAAUCACAAUGGAGAGUUCCUUCAUGAAGACCCGGGGUUGAUGGACUUCACGGUGGUCUUAAAACCGACAUUAAAAAUCCAAAACGAAGGGUUUCAAAACAUGCUCUAA